AUGGACAAGUCGUAUAAUCGGAAAUCCGCGCGUGAAGGGAAGUUGAACAAGAUUAGCGCCACAGGUUUUCAGUCGGGACUUGAGUAUUUGCUGAAAAUGCUAUUUGGACGAAACCUUGGUAUCUGCAUCAAGAGUAUUUAUAAGCGCGUCAACCGCGAAAAGACGCAUGAAGCGAGGGUGCAAGAAUUUCCAGAAGACCAUACACGGUAUAGUGCAGAGAGUGUCUGGAAAUCGAGUGCAGUUGGUGAUCUAGAAGCGACCCCUAUAGCGCAGUUUUCGAGAAAGCAAUAA